AUGCCUCUCAGACACACAAACAACCGUAUGGUCGAGACCAGAACCACCAAGCCAACACUGAUGACCCGUCUUCGAGGCCGCAACGCAAACUCGCGUACCGUCAAGACAACCACCAAGAUUGAGCCAGCACGUAACCAUCAUACUACCGCCACCCGUACGCACCACACUACCCAUACCCACACCCGAACGACUAGAAGUUCCGCUCAACCAGUUGUGCACCAUAAGAGACAUGCCAGUAUUGGCGAUAAAGUCAGUGGUGCGAUGAUGAAGUUGAGGGGAUCUUUAACCAGAAGACCUGGCCUCAAGGCUGCAGGUACUCGACGCAUGCAUGGAACUGAUGGCCGUGGAAGCCACCGUACCUAUUAA